AUGGACUCACCGCUUCGCUCCUUGCUUCGUCCGCACGUUCUCUAUCCUCUAUUUCUCUUGUUUCUCGUCGUAACACUCAUUCUCACCCGCGCUCCCCGUGCUCCUGACGGCCGCAAAAUCCUCGAGUUUUCGAGGCGCCGAAUUUCGUUAAGCGCGUCGUCCCAUAUCGAGGAUGAUGCGUCAGGCUUCGUGAGUGCGACAGCCGGCGACAGCGUUCUGGACGCGGUAGGCGAUGCGACGGGCGAGGCGAACCCUCGCGUCGUCCACGUGGCGUUCGAUCCGCUCUUGGCGGAGGUGGAGCAGCAGCGGGACGACCGCGCGUGGGAGCGGCGGUACGCGCGCCUUCACGGCGCGCGAAAGCCGUUCCGCGUGCACUCGGACGAUCCGCGGAAGCACCACCUGCACGGGGAAGGCGUGGGGGUGGGGGACGAGGAGGCGGACGACGGGACGCUUGAGGGGAGCGAGCUGGCGGAGUUUGAGGAGGAGCGCGCGCGAUACAGGGACGAAGAGGAUGACGAGAUGUGGGGCGACCUUGAAGGGCAACACCACGAGUUCACAGAAGACGACUUAAGGCACGACCAUUUGAACCUCUCCCACCGCCUCGCCCUCCUCUUCCCUCUCCUCGACACCUCGCCGCCCGACGGCCGCGUCAGCCAAUCAGAGCUCGCCACGUGGCUGCUGGAGCUGGAGCGGGCGGCGAGCCUGCACCGCACGCGGCGGGAGAUGGAGGCGGUGGACGGCGAUGCGGACGGCAGGAUCACGCUGGCCGAGGCGCUUGAAGACGAACUUGCCGACCAGGCAGGUAGCUCGUUGACUCUGUUGACUCCGUCUGUUUUGCUCGUUGACCGUUUUUGCGUUUCAAACCUGCUCCCAACCUUUUAG